AUGGCGGUAGAGUGCAUUACAGUAUGUUUUCCAUUUAAGCUGCAAGGAGUAGAGUACAGAACGAAGCUGCACACCCCCCUAACAAGAAAAGAGAACAUAGUCAUCUUUUCGCUUCCAUUUAAUUCGCUAAUCCGGGUAAACUCAGAAAAGGCAUAUUCGGUGAAGUACAUAGUAACAGAAAAAAAAGAAGCAGAUGUGAUGAAAAUUCUAUAUCAGAUAAUAAUUGAGUUUAAAAGCAUUAAUGAUGCAAUAGACUUCUUUAACACACCAGUUGUCCAUGUUUCCUACAGUGAAACAACUCUCUUGCAAAAUCUAGACGAAAAAUUAGCAGAGGCCUCUGAUAUACUUGAGAAAACAGGACAGUCAUGGAAGAAAAAGAGAAAGACAGAAGUGGAUGAGGAGGGAUAUUUCACAUGCUAA